GUGAGAGCAUGCCAUUCUGCAUUGCAUUAAAAUUUCUAUUUUGAAAUUUAAUGCAUUCUGGGCGAUGUUGGCUUGCACCGAUGGCAUUGGUGUGCCCCGUGACUCUGGGAUGUUCAGACACACCCUGUGCAUUGUCGCAUUCCUUGGCGGGAAAAAUAUCACUGCCAAAAUGGAGUACCUGAAGAAGGCGUUCAGGUUGACUGAUGCCGAGGGUGAGUAUUCCUGUGUCUAAGGUUCUGAUUUUGUUGAGGGCGUCCAAAGAAUCGCUUCAGCGAAGGUUUGAGUUCCUCAUCUCUGAUUGGGGUUGGAACAGGCUUGUGCAUUGCUUAUGGCCAAGCCAUGUUCUUUUAUAGCCUGGAGGGCGCGCUGAAAUCUUUUUUUUGCUGUAAAGUUUCUUACGGCAAUUAACAAAUUUAAAUGCUUACUGCACCAUAAAGGUUUUGCUUGGCACUGUAAGCUGGCAAGCUUUGUUUCAGUGUUCUUGCCUACAAGAUGUUGGUUGUCCGGUAUGGUAUGUCUGUCGCAUGCAAGUAAUUAUUUCCAUGAGUCCUCAUAUGUCCGUGUCAUCAUAUUUUUUUCUGACUGUCUGUUCUGGACCCUUUUUUUGGGAACAAAUUGGACUUGCUGAUGGCCACAACACAUUGAUCAAUCCAAGGAUGCAGUUUUGAUCUAGUUGCUUGCUCUAGUUUGUGUGAGCUGAAUAUCUUCUUUAUGCUGUAUCUUUCUUUGAAGGUAUUAAAUGAUGUGAAAGUAAUUCUUGCUUUACUACCUUGUAGCAGUUUUUUCCUUUAUUGUGCUCCUGUAAUUUCUGAGUGGCCUACUGACUGACACUUUCAGUUUUAGUGACAAUUGAUCUCUGAACACUGCAGUUGUAGAGUUUUAUAUAAGUCUACCAUCUCAGGUUUGCUUAAUCAGGGCUUGUCAUGAUUUAUGCCCAGCAAAUGGUUAGAAUAUUUACCUCUGUUUAGUCUGUAACUGGUUACAUCGUAGGGAAUGUUUACCUAUGAUUUAUGCAAACCAGAGUUAGGCAUUAACAGAGCUUGCUUGCACUAGAUGGCAUCUGUUUCUCUGUGUUGUAGAAGUAUAUUUUCACAACUAUAUCAAUUUUGUACUGCCGACCUUUAUACCAAAACUUAUUAAUGCAAGAUGUGAUACUGGACAACAUGAAUUUUCUGCUACCCAGAAUUUUACCGCCCCAAUACCAGAUGCUGAAUCUAUCUGCAUGUUUAACAAUUUUUGUGCACAUUAUGCUUUGCUUCCAUGUUUCGUUGGCUUCUAAACUCCUCUUUUCAUUUAGGCAUGAAUGUGCUUCUGAACUCCAUACUUUCUUAUUGUAUUUUCUAGCUUAUGAGAUGACAGCAAUCAUAUCUUACGGCUUGUCCUAUGCAAAAUUCCAUGUUCUAUAUGGUUGCUGAUUGAUCAACUACAGUGCUUGAGAGCUUUAAUUAGGUAGCGGUCCAUUGAUUCGCUAGGUAAUGAUGCAGUUGAGCUAUUAAGAUUUUAGAGACCGGCUGUAGACAAUCAUUUACAUUUCCUGUCACAGGCCACUGUGGUUAUCUUGCAAGACCAUCCUCCCUUGCUAUGUUAGCAUUCUCAUUAUCUGCAGGAUUUUUGGAAUCUGUGGGCAUGCACCCGCACAUCCCCAUGAAAUAUCCCUUUGACCAAGUGCUGAUUUCUUUUGUGUAAUUCUAUGUCUGUAUUGUUUUUUAUGCCCUUUUUAUGUCCUUUUGACCAUGUACUUUUGACUUCACAACUUUUCAAAUCCUGAGCACUCUGUCUAGUACUCCCUCCGUCCCAAAGUAAGUGUCUCAACUUUGUACUAACUUUAGUACAAGUUGUACUAAAGUUGAGACACUUAUUUUGGGACGGAGGGAGUACGAGACAAACUCUUAAGAAUUCAAUUCAACCUAGGGAGAUUUCAUUUCUUCCUGUCUCAAACCACUCAAUACUCAUACAAAUAUCCUUUUGUAGGCGCCAACGUUCAUGUAUGCCAUUUAAACACGAUUCAGAGCAUAAGUGUACAUGAUUCAGAGUAGUUACUAGUAGAAUACUUGAGAUGAGCAUGCUACUAUUACGAAGAGAGAACUGCAAACCAUACCAUGAAACGAAGAUUAACAACAGCCACUACUGCCUUCUUUUUUAUGGGGUACUAUAUAUGUUUUUCAAUCCGAGGAUUCAGUUUUGAUCCAGUUUGUUGGUUGCUUGUUCUCAUUCUUGUGAGCUGAAAAUCUUGGUUCUUUCUGCAGUAUCUUUUUUUGAAGCGAUUAACUGCUUUGAAAGUAAUUCAUGCUUUACUAGUCUGUAUCAGAUUUUUUUUCCUCCUGUAUUUUUAAUGGCCUAUUGGCUGAUACAUUUAGUUCUAGGGACAAGUGAUCUCAAAACUGAAUAAUGCAGUUGUGCAUUUUCUAUGUCAAAAUUCAGCACAUAUGGAUGACAAUUCUGCAUCUGCUUUGUUCUGAAUUGAAUUACGCUUUGGUUUACGUUCUCAUCUAUAUGUUGUAGCCUGAACCUUAGUCAAGGCAACAUUUUGAGAGAUACAAACUCACACGUUUGUGCUUGCAAGCCAUUGGGGAAGCCACCGGCCCGGGAGCGUGUUGAUCAAUCUUCCCGCCGCCUUCUCCUCGCCCUGAUCUUCUGAAUGUUUACUGUUUGGUAGCCGGCAUAGAAGAGCUGCUGACUGCAAUCUCAAAAGUUGGUGCGCCAAUAUUCUCACAUCAGAAGUUGCAAGUUGGGCUUCUUUGGAAGCGCAAGAAGAGUGACAAGGCUAAAGCCCACUUGGCCACGCAGCAAAAGCCUGUGGAGUCUUCUAUUCUCCAAUCCCCUCGCCGCCGCCGCCGCCGCCGCCGCCCCAAGACCCCAACCCCCUCGCCGCCGGUGCCGGCGCGGCCGCCAUGCUCCGCCUCCGCAGCUGCUGCAUCGUCGCCCGACUCAUCUCUCCCCCCUCCGCGUCUUCCAUCCCUCCUCUCCACCGCCUCCUCUCCACCACGGUCCCGGUUCCGGCAAACCCUGGCUUCGCCGUGGAGGAGUACCUGGUCGACACCUGCGGCCUCACCCGAGCACAAGCGCUCAAGGCCUCCGCAAAGCUCUCCCACCUCAAGUCCCCCGCCAAGCCCGACGCCGGCCUCGGCCUCUCCGGCGCCGACGUCGCCGCCCUCGUCGCGCGGGAUCCCAAGUUCCUCUGCGCCGGCGUGGAGACGACCCUGUCCCCCAUCGUCGUCGAGCUCACGGGCCUCGGGCUGUCCCCUUGUGACAUCGCCCGGCUCCUCACGCUCGCUGCCAACACCCACCUCCGCAACAAAUCCGUCGUCUCCAAGGUGGACUACUACCUGCGCCUCUUCGGCUCCUUUGAGGAAUUCCUCCGGGCGUUCAAACGUAACCAUCAUCUCCUCUCGUGCAGCCUCGAGAGGGUGGUCAAGCGGAACGUCGGGUUACUGCAGGAGUGCACGCUAGGUGCUUGUGAUAUUGGCAAGCUAGCCGUGUCUGUGCCAAGGAUGCUCACCGCCAACGUGGAGCAAAUCCGGGAGAUGGUGGCCUGCGCCGAACGUAUAGGUGUGCCCCGUUGCUCUGGGAUGUUCAGGCAUGCUCUGCGCUCUGUUGCAUUCCUCGGCGAGGAGAAGAUCGCCUCCAGAACGGACUACUUGAAGAAGACGUUUAGGUGGUCGGAUGCCGAGGUUGGGAUUGCUGUGUCAAAGGGUCCAUUUGUGCUCGUGUCAGUCAAAGGACACGCUGAAGCGCAGGUCUGAGUUCCUUAUCUCUGAGGUGGGGUUGGAGCCGGCGUACAUUGCUCGCCACCCAUCAUUGCUCAGUUAUAGCUUGGAGGGCCGGCUCAGGCCCCGGUGCUCAAGCGUCGCACGUGCUACUAUACAUUUGUCAA